AUGUCGGGGAUAAUUAAUGUUUUUCUGUUGAACAGGGGUCCAAAUCAGAUCUUUAAAAAAGGCACAUUUCAUUUACAACAUUUUAGACAAUAUUGUCCACAAGUUAGACGUGUAAAUACUUCUAUGAAUUUAUUUCAAUGUACUGAAGUAAACCGUAAGAAAGCAUCUAUCCUUAAAAGAAAUCCUAUCACAUGGAAAAGUGUAAUAGGUACUAGCACAAUAGGUGCAAUUCUUUUAUUGUAUAUGUAUUACUUACAAGAUACAAAAGAUAAACAAUUAGAACGUGAAAGGAGACGUGAAUUAGGAAAGGCAGCAAUUGGUGGAAGGUUUGAAUUAGUUGAUCCUGAAGGAAAAACAGUAAAGUCAGAGGACUUUUUAGGACAAUGGGUUUUGAUAUAUUUUGGUUUCACACAUUGUCCUGACAUAUGUCCAGAUGAGCUUGAAAAAAUGACAGACAUUGUUAAUACAUUAGAAACAAAACAUAAUCUAAAGGUUCAGCCUAUAUUUAUCUCUGUGGAUCCUGAUAGAGAUACACCAGAAGUUGUGGGAAAGUAUAUUAAAGAAUUUUCUGACAAAAUUCUUGGUCUUACUGGAAAUAAAGAACAAGUUGCUAAAGUAUGCAAAGCUUACAGAGUAUACUAUAGCAAUGGACCCAAGGAUUCAGAUUCAGAUUAUAUUGUUGACCACACGAUAAUCAUAUAUUUGGUAGAUCCAGAUGGUCUAUUCGUAGAUUAUUAUGGCCUGACUCAUACUGCUGAGCAGGUUGUACAUAGUGUUUGCAUAAAUAAGAUAAAAUAUGAUAACUUAAAAAGUGAUUCUUGGAUUCCUUCUAUAUCACUAAAAAGUCCAUUACCUGCAUAA